AUGCUUCAGGUACCCGUCCGCGAGAAGUCCAAUGGCGCUGGCAAGGCCACUAAAGCUGUCAUCCUGGUGCGUAUCCAAUCCCACUUCUCUUUAGCAUCGAGCUCGAGAGGACCCCACAGGCCACCGGAACUGACCCCAUUUCGCAUUCUGCAGGUUGGCGGCCCUUCGCGAGGAACCAGAUUUCGGCCUCUGUCCCUCGAUGCCCCCAAGCCGCUGUUCGAUGUCGCCGGUCACCCCAUCGUCUGGCACUGCCUGACCGCCAUUGCGAAGGUGCCCUCCAUUCAGGAGGUAUGCAUGAUCGGCUACUACGACGAAACUGUGUUCAAAGACUUCAUCAAGGAAGCCGCCUCCGAGUUCCCGAACCUCCCCAUCAAGUACCUACGAGAAUACCAAGCCCUCGGCACCGCAGGUGGCCUGUACCACUUCCGAGAUGCCAUCCUCAAGGGCCGGCCCGAGCGCAUCUUCGUCCUCAAUUCCGACGUAUGCUGCUCCUUCCCACUGAACGACAUGGCGAAGCUGUUCGACGACAGAGAUGCCGAGGCUGUCAUUCUGGGUACACGGGUGUCCGAGGAUGCAGCCACCAACUUCGGCUGCAUUGUGUCGGAUCAGCACUCCCGCCGUGUGCUACACUACGUCGAGAAGCCCGAGAGCCACAUCUCGAACCUGAUCAACUGUGGAGUUUACCUCUUCAGCGUCGACGCAAUCUUCCCUAGUAUCAAGAGCGCCAUCAAGCGAAGAGCGGAUCGCCCUCGCCUGGUGUCCUACCCCUCAUCCGACAACCUCGAGUCCAGCUUCAUCGCCGACAAUGACGACGACGAGCGCAAGAACGAGAUCAUUCGUCUCGAGCAGGAUAUCCUGAGUGACCUGGCAGACAGCAAGCAAUUCUUCGUCCACGAGACGAAGGACUUCUGGCGCCAGAUCAAGACUGCUGGUUCUGCCGUCCCCGCCAACGCCCUGUACCUGCAGAAGGCAUUACAGACUGGAUCCAAGGAGCUUGCUCAGCCAUCAGCAAACAUCCUUCCGCCGGUUUUCAUUCACCCGUCCGCGCAUGUCGACCCUACUGCCAAGCUAGGACCCAACGUCUCAAUCGGUCCCCGAGCAACUAUCGGAGCUGGCGCCCGUGUGAAGGAGUCUAUCGUACUGGAGGAUGCAGAGAUCAAGCACGAUGCGUGUGUACUCUACUCCAUUGUUGGGUGGAACAGCCGUGUCGGUGCUUGGGCUCGUGUUGAGGGUACACCCACCCCCGUCACGAGCCAUACCACCAGCAUUGUCAAGAACGGCGUCAAGGUGCAAAGCAUCACCAUCCUGGGCAAGGAGGUCGGAGUUGGAGAUGAGGUUCGCGUACAGAACUGUGUUUGUCUGCCUUAUAAGGAGUUGAAGAGAGAUGUCGCCAACGAGGUCAUCAUGUGA